AUGGGGGAGUCAAAAUGGACUAUUCUAUACAUCGUUUUCGCUUCAUUCCAAAUGCUCAUAGCGAUUGCAGUGGAGGCUGUCAUACUAAGGCUAAACGAAAAUAGCACAUCACAGCUAGUGAGCUUAUCCACUGAAUACGACAACCUCACUGGCCGUCAAUACUUCUACAAAAAUUAUAACUAUUCCACCUAUAAAGCUCAAUACCUGUCCAUAAUUGACGGAAAUGUUUGGUUCAUGGUCUUUGAAGCAUUUCUCACAGCAUUAUGCCUUUCUGCGUAA